CUUACCUUGCUUUUCUUAACGGCUUUCAUUCCACCCUCACUACUUCCUUAUCAUCAGAUAUUGCAUUACUAAAUAGAGUCCCAAAGAUAGUAUAUUUCGAGAAUGUCCGUGCCCACAUUAGAAAGCAUCCCAGUUGAACUGCAUAUUUGCAUCCUCGAUACCAUACCUGAUAUCCACUCUGUGUGGUCGCUUCUUCGUGCAUCUCCUGCAUACUAUGGAGCAUUUUUGCUAGUGAAGCAAAGUUUUCUUCGAAGGCUUCUACAGAAACACCAUGCUGGCUUGGUGGACACAGUCGAUGCGAUAGCCGCGAUCCGUUCGAAAGGCUUGUACGCUUCCGAUCCAUCCAACAAAAGAAAGAUCGUUUCAUUUCUUGAUUCUCGACCUCACAACCACAGAACAACUCGGCCGGAAGCAUCACUUAGCCUGCUCCCAGAUGAACCAGCAGAUGUUCAAGAGACAAUGCAGUUAAUACAUUUGCAUAACCAGGCUAUCUUCUUCCUGGAAGAUUAUUGUAGGACUGCGAGGCGACCAGGCUGGAUAGACGAAGCAAAAUGGGAGAAGGAAUUCUUACCUCUAGUCUUAACCGAGACGGAAAAGCGACGCAUCUUUCGUGCCUUUUAUCGAUUGCAAAUCUACGGAAAUAUAUUCGGUUCGAUUGAACGGAAUGUAGACUCGGAAUUUACUCUCGAGGACAAUGACUGGACCGACAAACAAGAGGUUUUCACUGGUGGCGAGAUGUGGCGCCUGUUCUUUAGCCAUAUGGCUCCCUGGGAAGUUGAAGAAUUUGGCUGCUUAUGGGAGCACUGCUGUUACCGAUUCGAAUCAAUCCUUCGAGAAGUAUCCGAUAGUUUGAUGCAGACAGGCUUUACAUGGUUUCACGAACUUCCCAAAGAUGAACAACCCCCCGAGGGUUGCUGGUAUAGUGACUGUGAUGACUUUGUGUACCCGGAAAAUAAAAGGGAGAACUUGGCCUCAAAAGGACCGGCAUUUCUCAGCAGAGUCCUGAGGCAAAAGCAAUUUCGAGAUCGCCGGGAUCUGGUACUUGUCAACGUGCGAUCAAUCAGAUUUCAUUUCUUUGAUUUCGGAUUCUGGCCAAGACCGUCCGCCACUAAUGAUUUGCAUCUGCUUUACCCUGCAAACAGAUUCAACUUCGGCACGGACAGGAAUGGGCUCCGGGAAUUUCUGAAAACAUUUCCACCGUUUCAACGGCCUAACAUAGCAUGGGACAGAAUAUGGCUUCGAGAAGUUUACGAAUCUCCAGAAGUCCUCUUCGAUAUGUAUGAAUAUGGCGCUGAAAAUCGGCAACGGCGAUGGCAAUACGCUAUGUGGGAUGACACAAGACUAACUGAAUGGGAGAUACCUAUUUUCGAAGACAACUUUCCGAUUUGGGAUUCUACCUUAUUUGGAUGA